AUGAAAGGUGUUAAGACUCAGAGCACUCCUACGAAUAGUGGACUAAGGUUGUCUAACUAUGGUAGCGAUCCUGUUGUUGAUGCUACUUUGUAUAGAUCCAUUGUUAGGGGUUUGCAAUAUGCUACAAUUGCUAGGCCUGUCAUUGCCUUCAGUGUAAAUAAGUUGAACUUAGUUGCCUACUGUGAUGUAGAUUGGGCGUCUAAUCUUGAUGACAGGAGAUCUACCACCAGGUUUUGCAUAUCUCUCGGUGAUAAUCUAGUAGCUUGGUAG